AUGGACAAUGAGGGAAAACGUCAAGUUUUACCUACUAAUGUGAGACCAACUAACUAUAACUUAAUUUUGACUCCUGACUUAAAAGAAUUCACGCAUAAAGGAACUGAAGUUGUAAAUCUUGAUAUUAACGAAAAUACCAAUAAAAUCACCUUAAAUGUUAUCGAAAUUGAAAUCCAAUCUGCAACGAUUGAAAAUUUAUCUUUAAAUACUAUUUCCAGUCAAAAAGCAACCGAUAUCUCUUAUGAUAAGGGUACUGUAACUUUAACUUUUCAAAAAGAAAUUAUUGCUGGUACAAAAGCUGCCUUGCAUAUUGAAUUUACUGCUGCCUUGCAUAUUGAAUUUACUGGUAUUUUGAAUGACAAAAUGACCGGAUUUUAUCGUUCUAGUUAUGUUGAUGAAUCUGGAAAUAAAAGAUAUUUGGUGACUACCCAAUUUGAAGCAACUGAUGCUCGUCGUGCUUUCCCUUGUUGGGAUGAGCCAGCAAUCAAGGCUACUUUUGAUAUAACAUUAAUCGUUCCUUCAGAAUUGACCGCCUUGAGCAAUAUGAACGUUAUUUCGGAAAAACCUCUUGCUGAUGGUAAAAAAGAAGUCAUGUUUGCUAAAACUCCAAUAAUGAGCACAUAUUUGCUUGCAUUCGUUGUUGGUGAUCUCGCUUAUAUCGAGAAAAAAACUAAUGGAAAAAAAACUAAUGGAGUAAAGAAUGCUGGAAACCCUGUUCAGAUCAGAGUUUAUGCUACUCGAGGCAAUGAAAAAAAUGGUGAAUUUGCAUUAAAUGUUGCGGUUGAGGUUUUAGAAUAUUUUGCUGGAGUGUUUGGUAUCCCAUAUCCAUUACCAAAGUUGGAUAUGGUUGCUAUUCCUGAUUUUGAAGCUGGUAAGAAUUGGGGUUUGAUUACAUACCGUACUGCUGCUAUAUUGUUUGAUACAAAACAAUCUGACGCAAAAUUUAAACAACGAAUUGGUUAUACAGUUUCUCACGAAUUAGCUCAUCAGGAUUUGCUACUUGGGUUGGAUAUUUGGCUAUUGAUAAAAUCUUUCCUGAUUGGGAUAUUUGGACACAGAUUUCAAAAAGGUCUUCAACUUGAUUCUUUAAAAUCUUCACAUCCUAUUGAAGUUCCCGUCAAUAAUCCUAGUGAAAUUCAUCAAAUAUUUGACGCAAUCAGUUAUUACAAAGGCGCCUCUGUAAUUCGUAUGUUAAGUGAUCAUUUAGGCGAAAACAUUUUCUUAAUUGUUAAAGAAGCUCGUCGAAGAUUUGAUUUAUUGACUAAACAUAACGACGAAUCAGCCAUACAUCCAAAUAUACGUGGAACAGUUUUUGAUAUUGUAUUGAAAUAUGGCGGUGGCGAAGAAGAGUUUAAUGCCAUAAUUGACAUUUAUCGUAAAACAACAAUCCCAGAUCAAAAAAUUAUCGUUUUGGCAAGUCUUGGAUCUGUAGUGCAACCCGAGUUGAUUCAACGUUCCUUGGACUUUGCUAUUUCUGAUGAAGUUAAAGAGCAAGAUAUCAUUUAUUCGUUUUCAGGAUAUGCAAAAUCAGUUGUUCUCUUUGGACAUGUCAUAAAAUUUUGUAUCUCAUCUUUUGCAUCCGAAGAAGAUAUAAAGGAUAUCGAAUCAUUUUUCAAAGAUAAAGAUUGCAAAAAUUUUGCUAGACCUUUGCAGCAAAGUUUGGAAAGUAUUAGAAUCAAUGCUGCUUGGGUAAAUCGUGAUGCUGACGAUGUCAAACAAUGGUUAAAAGAAAACAAAUAUUUGGAAUAA